AAACCGUUGCAAUACCCUCUAAACACUAACCUAUUUUUCUCCCUACGCUCUAGCCACUCACCUGCUUGCCCGCUACCAUACCUGCAUCAUUUGACUCUUGUCAUUGCAUUGUCUCGCCCUGCUUAUACACCCUUACUUCGCGCUCACUUCAAUGUCUUUCUACACUAUGGUCAGCGCAACGGAAGGCCCUCGCCACCGGAUGGGAGCCUGUUAAGAAACACGCUGGUGGUUUCUGCGAGCUUCAAGUCGUUGAUUACUUACCUACCUACCCAGGUAACCAAUAUACUGGGUUUUUAACUACCGAAUCCCAAUAUGUUGGGCAAACUCUUUAACCUAACUUCGGGAUCCACUGGGGGACCAACUUCUCAAGACGGUAUCUUCCCAACCAAACCUUCUCCAGAAUCAGUACAGGAAGAGAUUCAUACACGCAGUCUCUUGUUCCCGGAUACGCAAGCUCUUUAUUAUCGGCAGGACCAGGUGUUCCCAUUGCCGUCAGCGCCUGGCGUUCAGUCCGGGCCUUCUGCAAAUCCCUUCGACUACGAUGGCGAUAUUGAUAUCGAUGUUCGCGAUGUUCGUGUUAUUAUUAUGCAGGAUACCCUAGGUUCCAUCAGCCCAUCCUUAUUAUUCGACAGCCAUUGUGUCCCUUCGUCUAGUUCGUCCAGUGAUCGACCACCACCGCCGCCGCCGCCAAGUGCGGCGUCAUCCUCGCAAUCUCUCAUCCAGGACCCUCGACGAGCCCCCACAUCGCAACGUAAAGGUAGUUUAGGCCAGACCUCAAGGCCACUAGUAAUUCAACCAAGCAGUCCCCAGCACCGGCAAGGCGCAUUUGACCGACGAGGAUCUAUUCAGUCCCGCACUUACAAUGCUGCGGAAACCGAGUCCCAAAAGGCAGCCAGGGAAUAUCGGGAAGAGCUCGCUAGUUUCUCGAGUUGUAUUUUCGCCAACUCCGAAGUCAUGUCCUAUAAAGGGACAUCCACCAAGGUACACGUGAUCCCAAGCGAGUCACGGCCGCCUGUUGUCUCUAGCUCGUAUGUUGGAGACGGCCGUGGUUCUAUGGGGAGGUCGAGUAUGCGGUCUAGCAGGUUGGCACAAUCAUUUACAUCGGAUUCUGCCAACACGCAGUUUCAGUCAUUUUCCACUCCUCCCCGGCCACUGGAGCGCAACAAGAUCCUAGUGACACGUCUUUUCCCAGUAAAUCUUCCUACUGAUGACCUCAGUUCGCCUACCGAUGAUAAUGGAGGGUUUCCCUUUCCCUAUUCCCCGGACGAAUCAAAAUCAAACAAGAAGCCUUCUAAACCUGUGCAGAAGAGGACGCCAAUGUAUGCCGUUGCCCUGGUGCUUCAGCUUCCAUCGAACUCGGCAAAUGCAACGACAAUGACUACACCGAAGUCUAUGUUUCGAGGCCCUGGAUCAUAUAAUGAGCAGGAUCCCUUUUCCUCUUCUUUCGGGUCUACUCGUCGAUCUGGUUGGACGAUGGUUGGUUCUGGCUUCGGCUCAGAGUCGUUCGAUUCGAUAUAUAGCAACGAUGUCGAGGAUCGAAUGGAUGCGAUUACCCAGCACUGGGACAUCAUCAUGAGAACCCUCACUCAUCUUCAGUCAGUCGUGGCUACCACGUUGAGCCCGAUGCUGAAGCAAGCGGACAUGUCGGCUCCGGACCCAUAUCCCUCCAGCAUCUCAGCUCACAUAGCCCGGAAUUCAUCAGCCAUUGGCCGGAGAGGUUCAGAUGGCUCCCAAAUGAAACCUCUUAAGACGAACGCGAAAUUGGUGGUGCUACCACCGAGUUGUCUGGCACAAGAUCAACGCAUAGGUCAAGAGAUUGAUAUAGCGAAAAAACGAAUCGUGUCCGGCCUCCGAGCUUCGAGGGUAGUUACUGGUCAAGGCCGCUGGGGACCAUGGAGGGAGGAAGCAAGAUGGGUUGCGAAGUGGGCAGGAACUAAAGAGCAAGGAUUCUUCUUUUUUAAUCUACUGACAGCAUUUCUUGCGACUCACACAGAAUGGCUUCAGGCAUUAGGUCCGGUCUGGUACCGUAGACGACGAUACCAACAGCAGAAGGCCAAGAGCGAAGAGGACACCUCUUUACCGUCUCGUACCAUCAUAGUCGCGAAAAAUAAGAUGGCUGCGCGGAGGCUGAUCUUCUUACUAUCGGCUUUUCUACCCGCAAACCAGCAGUUACCGACCGUCCGCGCUCAACGCCCAGCAACUUCCGCGUCAGUCGCUGCCUUCGGUCACUCCCCGCCGUCUUACGUAGUGCCGAUCAACAAGGAGGAAUCUCUGCGCCGAAAGAUCAAUCGCCGGCAAGGACCUAGAGGAGCGUCCCACACACGAAGUUUCAGUAUUCAGUCCCAGGCCACGACGAGAUCGGCGACUGGUAUUCCCGCACAACUGGCACAUCUUAGCAUGGAGUCAUCUAAUGUAGAACGUCGAUCGUCUGAUUUGAUCAAGCCCUCGAAUCUACCCAUGGCUGGAAGCGAUCUCAAUACCCGAAAAAGCAGCGCCGCUACAGCUAACACGGUUCUUCCCGAUUCAGCUGUCCCACAUUUCUCCACGGUUCAUCGAAAUGGCACAAGUCGCAGUGCUCGGCCUGGUAGUUGUAGUAGUGUUGCCGCAGACGAUUUGAAACGGUCUCUCCAAAGAGGUGACAGUCUUGGCCACUUUAGUAGUGCGAGUACCGACUCACGCCAAAGCUCACGAUGGGGUAGUGUGAUUAGUGGCCUAUGGAGUGCAAGACGGCGAGACUCAACUGCGACGACACAGACAUUCGAUAACCCCAAUCACCGUGAUGAUGUGCCUACUUCGCCAACGAAGUCGAUAGCCGGUGGAAAGGAUAAGCUCACAGAUAUGGUCAGUGAAAUUCAGCACCUGGACACACCGACAAGUCAGCAAGUCGCUGGCGGCAAUCCCCCUCCUCAACAAUCAGAGACGCCGCGAAGGUUAGAAGGCAGGCAGUUUGAGUCUCAAUCAAGAAUCCCGGACCCAUUAGGCGCAUACGAGUCCCCCGUGAAGACGUCCAUCAACAACGAUGAUGGAGUAAUUGAUGUAGACGUUCAGUUUCCGGACUACCUCACCUCUUUUGAAACUGCCGUUAGUUCGCCAUCUAGCAGCGGAUAUCUCUCGACCCCUGGCUUAGGCAGUGGGCUUGAUGGAUUCGAGCAAUUUUCCAGGUUGGCUAUCGAUGGGGAUGUCCCUUUUAAUGUCGCGGGAUGGUUGAAACAUUACCACCCUGAUUUUACCAUACAGGCGAUCCCACCACAGAAAGGGCUUCUAGAUGAGGUUCGCCAGUCUCUCGCUGCCGAACCUACCCCUAUGGUUAAUCCUAGCUCGAUACCAGAAGAAUGGCCCGCGGAACACUGGGUUGAUGUUAGUACCGCCAUUGUCGCCGAUACAACAAAUUUUACCAUUAAACGUCUUCGAUAUUGUCGACUGGUGAAGCCUAAGAUGCCGCUUGACCGAAACGGCACUAACCAUCUCUCACCGCACGGCGCAUAUAUGACACCGGCCCUCUCCCCCUAUGAGCAACCGAUCAAGGACAAAAUUGAGGAAGAGGAUUUAUUCACAUUCGACGAAGCUCUUAUUGACGCUGUAGAGAGAGUCAUUUCUCAUAGUAGUGAUGCGAGCAAAGGAAGUUCCACGACGUCUUCUCGAUCCGCCAGUAAACAGAGAAGAAGAAGGGACAGUGAGGUUUCCGAGAUGACAGAACAAGAAACACCGACGAAUAGAAUCGACUUUCACGAAGUACCUCGGGCAGAGUGUAAGAUGGUAGUCCUCUCUGCGUUAUCAGGCAUUGUGCAAGAGGUUGUCGAUCAACGCGAGAGAGAACACCAAAGCACUCAACCAAAAGUUCCCCAUGAAAUUACCCGCGAAAAAGAAAGCGCGUUGCGAGCAGCUGUUAGGACAUGGCUCGACGUGGUGGAACUCAGUGACGUUUAGCCUUCAACGUCUCCAACCGAAGGCCUUUCCAGAAGAUAUUCUUCUAUUUUCCGUGAUCCGGAAGAAACAUUUUAACGACUUGACGACACUAAUGACCUGUUUUUUAUUUAUUUAAUUG